AUGGCGACGCCGACCGAUGGCAUCGUGAUCGACGUCGAGGCGCCGCCGAUGCUGCUGCCGACCGAGGAGCUGCUCUCGCCGACGUCCAAGCAGAAGUACCGCGCGGGCUCGCUCACGCACCGCGUCGGCCUCGGCUUCGUCAAGAGCGCGACCUUCAAGCACAAGUACUUUCGCCUCCGCGACCAUGGCCUCCUCGGGUACGCUGCGCAGGACGCCCAUGUGGCCUCGCUCGAGGUGCUCUUCAGCCUCUUCACGCUGCUCGAAGUGCUGAGCCCGACGACGUUUGUGCUGCGCCACGUCAACGUGGUCCAAACCGACGACUCGUGGCUCAAGGUCGAAGACCCGGUCGUGCUCAAGGCCGCGUCCGCCGACGAAGCGAGCGCGUGGAUCACCGACAUUGGCGCCAAGCUCGAGCUCCUCAAGCGGCGCGACGACGCGGCCAAGCACCGCAAGGCGUCGCUCAUCCCAACGCACAACGCCGAGGACCUCCUCUUUAGCGCGACGCCCGACCCGCCCUACUACCGGACGUUUCUGCACAAGUACGUCAUGAUGGGCGAGAUUGGCGAAGGCAGCUUCUCGGUCGUGCGCAAGGGCGUCGACCGCAUGACCGCCGAGGUGUGUGCGAUCAAGUGCUCCAAGCACACGCCGUCGCUGCUCGAAGAAGUCGCCAUCCUCAAGCUCGUGUCCCACCCCAAUAUUGUCGGGCUGCACGGCGUCUACAAGACAGACGACAUGUUCUACAUCGUCAUGGACUACAUGGCGGACGGCGACCUCUGCGACCGGCUCAUCCAAAUGACGCGGUUCCCCGAAGACGACGUGCGCCGCAUCAUCGCCCAAGUCGCGUCCGCCAUCCAGCACAUUCAUGCGCUCAACAUCAUCCACCGCGACAUCAAGCCCGAAAACAUACUCUUGCACAAGGACUCGGUCAAGCUCGCCGACUUUGGCCUCGCCAAGCGCAUUCUGGACCCGACGAUGCAGUUUCAGAAGGGCUGUGGCACGCCCGAGUACGCGGCGCCCGAGCUCCUCUACGGUCGACCCUACGGCACGCAGUCGGACCUCUUUAGCCUCGGCGUCGUCACGUAUGUGCUUUUGUUUGGCGCGUUCCCGUUCACCGUCGCGUCGGCGGCAGCGCUCCAGCAGAUCCAGCGCUUCUCCGAGGCCGGCGACAUGCGCGACAUGAGCUGCCUCCACCCGUCGAACCCGCAGUGGCAGUGCGUGUCGCCGGACGCGCAAGACGUGAUCUUGCGGCUCUUAGCCAUCGACCCGGCCGAGCGCAUGACGGCCACCGACCUUUUGGCCCAUCCCUGGCUGGCGUCGACGCUGUCCGAGCUGCCGGCCAAGGACGACCAGCGCCGAGACGACUGCGUGCACGUUGGGUUCCGUGAGCUCCUCUACCGCGGCAUGGACGUCCUCAAGCACAACCAGAGCGGGAAGGACAAGGCUCCACACGCCUCGGUCUUGCGCUUUAACGUCGCGACGCAAGUGCUCUCGUGGACACCGGCGUCGACGCUGCAGCAAAACCCAAAGAAGCACUUUAACGCAAAAGACCACCCGCGCAGCAUGCCGCUCAAGGACGUGACGGCGGUCGUUCCGGGCGGGACGUCGCUCGCACUGGCCCCCAAGGUGGCCAAAGACGCAGCCAAAGACGCAGUGUGUCUCUCGAUCCUCACGGAGAAGCGGUCGCUCGACCUCGAACUCCCGACGACAACGCAACGCGACAUGCUGGUCGCUGGUCUGCGCCGCCUUCUGCUCUUGCUGCCGAGGUAG